GUGAAUUCCGCUUUCAGUCAAUCGACUCCAAGCUAUCCAUUGCCUUGCAGAAUAUGGUGGAUGCCGCUGGUGAAACGGCAUACGAGGUCAAGGUGCGGAUCAGACAGAGGAGUCAAGUACUUGGCAAGGAGGGGAACUUCUUAAUGGGCAGAGAGAUCCUAGCAAUGGUGCUUGAUCAUUUCAGAACGACAUCUAAAGAUGAAGUGUUGUUCAAUGCCGGCCACAUCUACAAACUACAGUAUCGUGGUGACAAAGAGAUGGAUAGGUUCCUCCAUGCAUGGAUCGAGAUCAUCGCCAACAUGAAAGUUGAGGACAUUCCAUCUGACAACACACUACGUGAUCAUCUCCUGAGGAAGAUUGAAAACUCCCAAGCGCUGCAUGUCGAUCUCACGAUCUUCAAAGGUAGGGACAAUGAUGACAAGAAGAAGUCCUAUGAAGAGCUACUGGAGAUUAUGAAGAGGCAUAUCGCACGUACUCGUGAGGAUAGGAACAUUGCAGCUAGGGACAAGUUUGCCACCGACUACACCAAUCUUGGUAAGCCAACGACUCCUGCACCAAAGCCUGCGGCUCCAACUCCUGCGCCAAAGGAUGGCAAGAAUGGGAAGCCGAGUGCACCAGCACCCAAGGGCAAGCCUGGAGCCCCAGUUCUAUCUUCUGGCAAUCCCAAGAGGAAGGACAAAGGUGGCAAAGGCAAGGGUGGCAGAUCGGCUACUCCAAGAAGGUCACAGACUCCUGGUGGAAAGAAGGACCGCAACUGCUACGGGUGGUUGAAGGGUGACUGUCAGAAGGGAGACAAAUGCACCUUCAAGCAUGAUCCAAGCAUGAAAGGCAGGAGAGCCGCCCCUUCGACGAAGACAUCCGAUGUUAAGGCCACUCCUGCAUUGGUCCGUGAAUAUGAUGACGAUUUCAUCGUGAAGGCUGUGCCGAGCGAGAAGAAGAACAAGAUGGAUGUCAAGUUCAACUAUCAUAUAGAUGUGCAUGAGUAUGUGAAGCCUGACUUUGUGGAAUGCAAGAUCACCAAUCGUGUUGAACAUCAAGAAGAGGAGUUCAAACGCAUGAUGGAGGAAAUGGACGUCAAACUCGACAAGGAGAAAGACGAUGAAGUUGAAGUUGUUGAUGGACCUCCUAUGCCUCCUCCUGAUGGUGAGAGAGAUGUCCUCAUUUGUCGUGGAAAACUUGAAGAAGAAGCUGAGAAUUUCAAGGAGAUCAAGUUGAAGAAAGAGAAAGAGAAGAAAGCCAAAGCAGAGAUUGCUGAGAAGAAGAAGAAGAAGAAGAAGAAGAAGUCCGAUGCUAGUUCACACAAAGAUCCACCAAAAGAUGAAGGACGAAAGAAGAAGAAAAAGAGUAAUAGAGACUCAAAGGAGAGUUCAGGCAAAGAUGGCGGCAAGGACGCUGCUGUCGGCGUGGGGACGUUCCGAGGUGAUUGGGAACGUAUGCCUACGCCCCAUGAUCCUAUGACGAGGCUGAACCAAAGAAGAGGUCGCAACCCAUGGGAAUGUUUGUCAACAACCCAUGGAGCGAGUGAUCUCGCCGACAUCAAGAAGUACAACAAUGAACUCACCCAAUCGGGCACAGAGUUCUCCUUGAUUCCGCCACCACGCGUCAUCAUGCAAUCCAAGUGGGGCCCAGGUGACAGUUUGAUCGAUCUGGCCAAGAAUCUUGAAGAUAUGUACUUUGACAUGAAGGGCCGCCUGGAUAUGAUCGAAACUGCGUCAGAUCAGGAGCUUCAGCUGAUCGAUGUGGAUGAGCUUUGGGAAUCGCUUGAGACAGCAUGUGUUCUCCGGGGCGAUUACUUGGAAAUGACGUCAAUGGCCAACCAGUUGGUCAAACCUAGGGGAGGAAAGAAGAAGGAUCCCUGGCAUGAGCCAUCCGAUGCUUCGAGAAAGAGACCUCAGCAGCAGCUUCGGGAACAUACAGCCCCCUGCUUGGUUCGAGCACGGGAACUUGCCCAGAAAAAAACUUUGCCACCUCCUCGUGACUUUGGGGAGAUGUUGAUAGAUGAGUUUGCCACUGGGUCUAGCAGUGCCAGUAAGGUGCGUGCCAAGGACACCGUGGCUGCGUUGUCACAGCUGGGCGCCAAGGGCAAAUACCCAGCGAAUGUUGAACGAGACACCCAUCGCAUGCUUCGGAGAACUGGCCAGUGGCUGGGCGCUGCAAUUGACCACGUCCCAGUCCGCAUGGUGAACGGUGAACCCAUCUACCUUGGAGGAAAGCUUGGAGUGUCCGUGGUGGCUUGGACUUCAGAGUUAGCCUACCUCAACGAAUCGAUGUUGAGAUAUUUCACAAUCGCAUGCUGGUCUGAACAUCGGCAGUCUGAACACACUUACAGCUUUCCGUGCUUGCAAAGCAAAGCUGCUCCGUCGAAGGUGCUGACUCGGUGGCUAUGUGCCAGGGCCAUUGUGUUUGCCAAGCGAGAAGGAGCCACAGAAGCUGACCGGGCAAACAUGGAUGAGUUUUUGCUGCCACCAGCGCGGCCCGGCAAUGAUGUGCCUCCGAAUCCUGCAAUGCCGGAAGCACCUGCCACGUUGGAACAUUUUCGUCCUAAAAGGCGUUUGCCACCGCCACUGGAGCGGCCAGCAGUGAUGCCAAAGGCCAAGAAGAAAGCGCGUUUGCCACCACCUCUGAUGAAAGCAACGCCUAAGUAUGCACCUGCGCUCGCCUCUGCCAAGGUUGCAGGAGAAUCGCCGUGGAGGCUGAAUCUCGAAAGUCUAGCGUCUUCAUCGGCGUCUUCAGCCACGGUUCCCAUUGGAUCAGUGCUCAGAGGGGAGGCUGCGCUAUUGCCACCCAAAGCUGGGCCGCCGUUGCCAGCCAAAGCUAGGCAAGACCUGGGACCCAUGAAGGAACUGUGCCUACACAGUUUGCAAGCUCAGGGACAAGUGCCGCCUCGGCUUUACCAGCAAUGGCAACAACUAGAGGCUCGGAUCCAGCAACUGGAUCCUACUCGUUCCUACCUGGUGAAAGUGGUCGACAGCGACAAUGGCGACUAUUUGGAGUGUGGCGUGCCCGAGGAGACUUUGGAUUUCAAUGCGCUGCGAGCUGUCUUGCUUAGAACACGGUCGCAGACCUCUUUCGAACGCUAUGAGCGCUUGGGGUCCCUCAAGAAGGACUGGAAAAAGUUGAAGGCUGCAAUGAAGGGCGCCGAAUAUACCAUUUACUUGGAGCAGCUGCCAGUUGAUCCCCGACUGCCCUCAGACGAUUUGCUGUUGGCAGUUGGGUCAACCCGUCUCCGUUGGCGCGGAAAGGUGCCAACCUCUGCCAACAAUGAGGCGGAGCAGUCGCAGAUGAGGCUGAUGGAAUUUGCUUUCAGAAUGGGUCAGUCUUCGUGCACGGCUUCGUCACAGUCAUCAUCGCAGCCCAUGCAGCCGAGGGUGCCCUUGCUGGCGCUUGAAGACAAGAAGGAUGAUGAGCAAAGGGCUGCAGUGAUGGUGGAGACGCCCGGGGAGCCAACUGACCACGACCAUACGGGCGACAUGGAGGCAAGCCCUGCCGAUGAGAGGAAUGGCGAUGUGGAUUUGGGCACGGAAGCCCAAGAACUAGAAGCAGAAAUUCCCGGGCCAGUGCUAGACGCAACACAGAGAUUGCAGGAUGCUUUGAUGAAGAGGGACAAUGGCAAGAACUCUGCAGAGAAACGUGGGGCGACGCCAAAGCCAAAGCCGAAGGCAAAGGUGCAGGCGAAGGUGUUGAAGAGACCAAGUGCGAAGAAGGCAAGCGCCAAAAAACUCUGUGGCAAACCGAAGCCGAAAUCCCAUGACAAACCUGUGAAAAAGGGUCGCGAGCUGAAGAUGACGGUACAGUGUGUGUACUCAAGGGCUUACCAUGCAGCUCAGAGCAAGUUCUCGAAGGUCAAGGGCUUGAGCGAGGAGCAAGUCACGAAGAAAGCUCGAGCUGCAGGGAAAGAGAUGGCGGCUCGCUUUGAAUAUGCCUCGUUGGCGUGGUCAACGAUGGAGGGCAUCACGACAGAGGAACAGUGGAACCGAUGGGCCGACUUCAAGUAUUGGGAGUGGUUGCCACCGCACCAAGACAUGCGACACAGAUGCGAUGACGAGGUCUUGUACCUGGGGGAGUAUUCAGCCCACAAAUACCAAAUGGUGAAGCACGCCAACAUGGAGCUCAAACCGGCUUGGCCGCUGACAACCAACAUCUUUUUGAGUGGUGCGCCCGCACCUAUCAUGAGCGGUGUGCCCGCUGAAAGCGAACCUAGAGAGUUGGUGAGCAAAGUGCCUGGAAGAUGGGGCCCACGCGCGCCGUUCAACAAGGUUUUGGAUUCUUUCGUGGCACUUUGUGAUGCAACAACUGGACGUGAGAUGAUGAUUUUGGGCUCGUGCCAGAUUGCAGUGCUGGCUGCUGGAAGAAAACUGGGGCCAUUCAUGAAACGGUUGACCUUGGAAGAGAUUUUUGAGAAGUCCCCAAGUGUGCAACGAGCCGAGGAAGAACAAGAAUUUAAACGACGAGGUUUGCGCAAGGAAGGCUUUCUUCCCAGGAGUGUGCCACAUGACUUGCCGAAGAAAAAACAAGGAGCCAGAGUCGUCAAGAAGCCAGCAACCAAGGAGCAAAUCCAAGAUACUCAGCUCACUGAGUCGUGGGACGUUGAGCACAAGUGCCUCAAGUGUGAGGCUACAACGACUUUGGCCCAAGGAGCAGUGCAGAAACCCAAUGGCCUGUACUGCCGGGUCUGCGCCAAUGUGUAUCAGAUGCUCUAUCGCCACUUAGGUGGAAUGCCGCCUACUCUGCAGGCGAUGAGUGCACAGGACCAGGCCUCGUUUUUCAAACGUGCUCAAACCGACUUGUUGCAAGCGGUCUCGAAAAAUGCCAGGUGGUCCAUGGUUCGCUCAGCUCUACUGAGCGAAAUGGUUCGGUACCAGAAGGAGCAAACGAUCCAUCGGGUGAGCCGGGAAUUUUUGCCACUGUCAGUUUGGGAGCAGAGAGGGUUCGAUACCAAGAAGAUCCAGGAGAAGGGUACCAGGAUGGACCACGAGGUCUUCGGUGAGGUCUUCACAGCUCCUUUGCUCACCAUUGACGACGAAAAUAUCCGUGGAUCCAUGGAGAAGGAGAUCGCGGACAAGGAGGCCACGAUUCAUGUCGAUGAUGACGUUUGGUCUGUGCCAAGUGAAGACGAAGGGCAGAAGGGCGACAAGCCUGCCAAGGCCAGCAAGAAAGACACUGACAAAGAUGCCGCAACCGCAGCGCGCAACGCCUUGCGCGAGGCGCGUGAGUUGGCAAGCUCUUGGAGGAAGGAGGUGGCCAAGGCCGCAAAGAACAUGGCCGGCUUGAACAGCGUGUGCCAGUCGUUGAACGGCACCAUGAUCAAGUGCGAGAAGAACCAGGACAUUCUUUCGGAGGACCAGUUGAGGUCUCUGGAGAGUGCCCGUGACAAGUGCACCAAGUUCAGACAGCGCGCUGCAGACUUGUUGAGCGCCACCGAGGGGGACAAGGCAAACAAGAAGCCAGUUCUCUUCGAAGACGCCGAUGGCAAUGCUUUGCAGGCCGUGAAGGCGGCUCAGGAUGUUUUGAAGGACAUCCGUGUAGUCUUUGCCGAGAAGAGCCAGCGGGACAAAGCUGCCAAGACUAUCAAGACAGCUGCUGCCAAGGCAGCUGCUGAGCCAAAGGCCAAAGCGGGGGCAAAGAGGCGUGCCAAUGGCAAGCAGGUUGAACUUUCGACGUGGAAAGAUGCUUUUGAGAACAUGGAGUUCCAAUGCGUUGAUGGCUCCACAAUGUCGUUGCCAAUCCUUCGGUUGGACAAGUGUUUGCCUCAGAUGUGUGCUGAAGCUGAUUCCUAUCACCAUGCCUUCUCAAAGGCUUUGCAGCAGGGCGGGAAGCUCACGCCGGUGCUCUAUUGUGAUGAGGCAACAGCUGGCAAUGUCUUGUCGGUGACGAAGAAUCGAAAGUGCAACUUGUACUACCUUUCGUGGCUGGAAAUGUGGCACUACUUGAAAAGCAGUCAGGUUUGGCUUCCCGUGGCAGCUGUCCAAUCACAUGCUUUGCAGAAUCUUGUCGGUGGCGCUAGUGCCCUGAUGGUGUCCAUCCUGCAGCUGCUUCUGACAGAUCAAAACGCAGAAGGUUUUCCUUUGGGAAACGGAUUGACCUUCCGACAACUCAAGAAAGCCUACUUCCUUGGAGACCAUGAGGCGGUGAGGGCCAUCUAUUCUCUCAAAGGAAGUGCUGGCAUUCGACCCUGCGUCUUUUGCCAAAAUAUUGUUAAGAUGGGAUCGGAUGUGGUGUCGUAUGAUGGAUGGUUCAAAGAAAUCUCGGCAGGGACUGGAUUUGUCACCAUUUCGGACCAAGAAAUUUUUGCCCUCUGCGACAAGAUGCUUCUCCCUUGCACGAAAAAGAGCCUUGAGUUGCAAGAAAAAUGUGCGGGGCUAUCCUACACCCCCGGGAGUUUGCUUUGGCCAUCAGAACGGGAAAAAAUGGCCCCUUCCCGUAUCCUCUAUGACUACAGGCACACAUACCUCUGCAACGGGAUCGCUUCCUGGGAACUGACGUUGCUCUUGGAGGAGGUCUACACAAGAAGCGGCGUCACCUUGAAGCUUCUGCAAGAGGCAGUGGUGGCAAGCAAUUGGACAAGCUUCAAAGCAAGUGGAAAGUCACCCACAUAUGUCAAGAAUUUGUUCCACGAACGCAUGUUUGGAGAAGGCUGCUACAAAGGCCAAGUGCACCAGACGGCAGCACUUGUGCCUCUGAUCAGGUACUACCUUGAAACUCUCUUUUUGAUUUCUCUGCCAGACAGCUAUGUGAAAUCCUUUCGAACUUUGAGCAAUAUCACCAAAUUUGUGCGAGAGAUUCAGCACGGACUUUGUGAGGUGGAUGAAAGGGCAGCGGCUCACCUCCCCCUGCUACAAGAGCGGCAUCACGAGCUGUUCGGCCAGUGCUAUCCUGACCAGUACCGGCCAAAGCAUCAUCACCGCUUCCAUCUCAGUGAACAAUGGAAAAAAACAGGGGUGGCCCUUUCUUGCGAAGGCUUGGAGUCCAAACAUGCCAUCUACAAGAGCAGCAUAGGAGAUCACCAAAGAAGCCUGGCAGGUUCGAACCCGUCUCGCUUCAGUGCAGCUGUGUUGGCACGUCUCUUGCAGAGAACAUGUUGCCAACUACAAAACAAUGGCUUGCAUUUCUGGGAACUUCUGCCGCCGAUCAAAGAUGCGGACAUGGAUGACAAGAUUGGUCUCACAUCGAUGGGGCUCAAGACGAGCAAAAGUUGCUACUUGGUUGCCUGUCCCUUGAAAGAGGGCGACAUCAUCUUGCAGCAGUUCCACGGUGGUAUCAUCUGCGUAGAAGAGAAGCUUUGGGGAACCUUGUGGAUGGUGACGCAAGAGAUUGUCUGCUGGCACCUUUCCACAACUGCUGUCCCAACGAUUCCAACGUGGUACCGCUACACGGAAGACAAGCAACGGGUGAUUUGCUUGAACUAG